UUUUCUCGACUCUCACACGGUCGGGACUUUCCCGACUCACAUUCUUGACGAAUUGGGAACUGCGCAUGUGCGGCAAUGGCGGACGAAAGCAAGUUUGAAGCGAUAAGGAUGCGCAUGGAAGAGCGGCGCGCUAACAUUGAACGAAAAAGGGAAGUGAGGCUCCAAAUGAGGGACAAUCAAGAAGCAAUUCAAUUUUUCAAUGAAAACUUUGCACAAGAAAAAGCAGAUAUUGAGAGACGUCUCGGACAGUCUGAUAAGCUGUCACGGUCGGAGUUGAGUCAUCACUUCGACCAGCUUACAUUAGCGUGUCAUCGCCUUCAGAAGUUCUUAGCGGAUUCAAUAGACUUUCUUUCUUCCUUUGACGUGAGAAAAGCUCAAGAAGAUGUGUCGAUGCUGUUGUUGUCUAUCAAUCAGCAACGGACCAUCCUGAUUCCCAAGAAAAAGUUCACGUUUACAACGAGACGGAAAGAAGCGGCUAAAGACGUUACUGACCAGUCUGGCUCUGAAGAACCACAGGAAGACAAUCGGCAGAAAACAAUGCUGUCUGCGUCUUCUUCUCAUCAAGGAUUUACAAAUCGGCAAAACGAGCAUCUUGACUUACAGGCUUCCGCUGCUUCUGGUCAAGACAUCUUGUUAUCAGACCUGGAAGGGUGCACUGUGAGGAUAUAUGGGACACCAUCAACAAUUCACAUUGACCAGCUAACCGAUUGUCGUAUCUUCUGUGGACCAGUACAGACAUCGAUAUUCAUUGAUCGUUGCCAGAAUUGCACAUUAGUGCUAGCAUGUCAACAGUUGCGUGUACAUCGAACUCAUCGCUGUCACUUGUAUAUCUACGUAUCGAGUAAGGCGAUCAUAGAAGACUGCUCUGCUAUCGGUUUUGCUUGCUACAAUUGGGUGUACGACUCGGUGGCUGAGCACUUCAAGACUGCUGGUCUUGAUCCUUCGUUGAACAAUUGGAGAGAAGUCAACGACUUUAACUGGUUGAAUGAUGUUGAACACUCACCAAAUUGGUAUGUUAUUUCAGACGAAGAGAGAAUAUUACAUUGGGAUAACUAGGAUAUCAUACAGGUGGUAAUAUUGAACAGUUAAUAUACCUGGCAUUGUCUGUAGAG